GUCAAUAAAAGACGAUUAUCAUCUUAGAAGCUGUUACAAAAGGCCUUGCAUAAGGUCUUAAAUAAUCUACCGAAUUCUAAAUAGAAGAAACACAUACUAAGAAUAGCAAUGACAGAUAUCGGCAGUCUAAGUGGGAAAAGGUGUGCUCUCGUGACAGGAGGAGGCAGAGGAAUCGGCUUUGAGAUAUGCAGAAAGCUUGCUGAAAAUGAAAUUAGAGUGAUAUUAACAGACAGAAGUCAGAAAGAUGCAAUAGAAGCUGUGGAAAAAAUUAAACUUUCUGGGAAUUCAGAUGUUGUUUCUCAUCAACUAGACGUAAAAGAUUCAGAGAGUAUUGCAGCAGUAGCAAACUAUGUCAAAGGCAAUUUUGGGAAACUUGACAUUCUGGUGAAUAAUGCAGGAGCUCCAGGACUGGUUAUAGCAAAGCCUCAGGAUUUCAGGUCCUUUAAAGAUGGAGCAGGAUUUUUCCAGGUGAUCGAUGAGAAUGCACAUUUAUUAGAAGGAAUUAUUGAAGAAAACUAUGAAUUGGCAGAAGAUUGUCUCAGAACAAACUACUAUGGAACAAAAGCGGUGACUACUGAGCUGCUGCCGCUGCUUCAACUCUCAAAUUCUGCAAGAAUAGUGAAUGUAUCAUCAUUUUUUGGUGAACUAAAGUGGAUUUACAAUGAGAAGGUGAAAGCAGAUUUGAAUAAUUUGAAAAGUUUAACAGAGGAGGACAUUGAUAAGACUGUGGAGUGGUUUCUCAAGGAUUACGAGGAAAAAAACUUAAAGGCUAAUGGUUGGCCUAUUGUAGUGUCAGCUUAUAAAAUAUCCAAAGCAGCCAUCAAUGCCUAUACUAGAUUGCUAGCAAAAAAAUACCCCAAUAUGCUUAUCAAUUGCGUUCAUCCAGGCUAUACUCAAACAGAAUUGACAAGUAAAACAGGACCCCUAACUCCAGAGGAAGGUGCCAGAGCUCCCGUAAUGCUGGCACUGUUGCCGGAUGAUGGUCCUUCAGGCACCUACUUUCUGGAGAUGCAACCAUCAACUUUCUAGUACCCAAAAUUUUCUGCCUUUAUUACACAACUAUAAAAUGUUAAAAUAAUUUUCUAUUGAUUGAGAUAAUAGAUUUAUGGUGUUCUGUCUUUUACUGUGAUCCUCAAGAUGAUCGGACAGGUCAUCUUUUUGCUGUAUCUGUUUCAUAAUAAACUUUGGUCUGCAUGUAAACCAGAUCAUAGCAUGUAUUUUUA